AUGGGACGGUGUGGGUGGAAAAGCCCCAUUUCUGGAAGCUGCGUCUCCAGGCAGCGGGAAUCACGGCGGAGACGCGUCUUUCCAUCAGGAGAGCCGGUCCCAGCCAGGCUGCGGGGCAGGACCCAGCCGGGCUGCGGGGCAGGACCCAGCCGGGCUGCGGGGCAGGACCCAGCCGGGAUGCUGCGGGGCAGGACCCAGCCGGGAUGCUGCGGGGCAGGACCCAGCCGGGAUGCUGCGGGGCAGGACCCAGCCGGGAUGCUGCGGGGCAGGACCAGCCGGGGCAGGACCAGCCGGGCUGCGGGGCAGGACCCAGCCGGGCUGCGGGGCAGGACCAGCCGGGGCAGGGCCAGCCGGGCUGCGGGGCAGGACCAGCCGGGCUGCGGGGCAGGACCAGCCGGGCUGUCACCACCAGCCCCGCAGCGCCGGCCCCGCCCUCGGCCGCGCGCCACCCUCACCUCAGCGCACCCCGCCGGCGCGCGCCCCCGCCCGCCCCCCAUUGGCUCCCCGCGCGGCGCCGCGCCCGCGCCCAUUGGCCGGCGCCGACCGAGGGCGGGGACAUGUGAACAAAGCGUGAUCAGCGCCUGCGGGCGGCGCGCGCUGCCCCAGCCGACCUUUCCCCCAGUUCCCCGCGCGGCCGCCCCCGCCCAGCCGGCAGGAAGGGGGGAAGCCCCCCCGGCCGCCCCGCCUCCCGGGGCCACGCGGGCGCGGGAACGCCCGGCCGGGGGAGCCGCCGCGCCUCGCAGCGGGCGGGGGCCGGGCGAGGGUCAGCGCCGCCACACCCGGCGCCUUCCGCCGCGGGGGAGCGGAGCGGAGCGGCGUCCCCGCGGGAAGCAACAGACCGGCUCCGCCCCGCCUGCCGGCCCCCGCGGCACCCACCCCCACCCGCUCGUUCCCCGCCUGCCGCCGCCGCGCCGGGACCCCCCGCCCGGCGCCCUUUUGCUGCUGCUGCUGCUGCCUGGCACAUGCAGCCGCGGAACCCGCCGCUGCCCCGCGCUGGGCACGCCCGGGCGUGCGGGCACCCGGGCUGUGCGUCGCCGGCCCGGCGGUGCCGACAGGUUCCCGGCAGCUCCUCCGCCUCCCCGCCUUCCCGCCGCUUUCCUUGCCCGCCCGCUCUGUCCGCGGGGUUCCCCCGCACCUUCCCCGCAGACCACCCAGCAGCCCCGGUGCCCCGGCCGCCGCUCGCCCCUCCCGCUGCCGCCUCAGGCCGAGCAACCUCCCGCGCCGCUGCCCCGGGUCCCCCGGCACCGCCGGCCGCCCCCGCGCGGCCCCCCGGGAUCCCCUCGCCGCGCCAUCCCCGGGGACCCCCUCCCCCCGGGGACCCCCCCGCGGGGCCGGUCACUCACCGCGGCCGCUGGCGGGAGCCGAGGUGCCCGGGGCGCGCGCCGCCGCCGCUCUCCGCGCGCGGCCGUUAUUCCCCUCUUUUUGUUCCCCGCGCAGGUGGCGGCGCCCCCGGCCCCGCGCGCUGCGGGGGGGGGGGGGCGGUGGGCGGGGCUCGCCGCCCGCCCCAGCCAAUCGCCGGCAAAGGUGUGUGAGGCGGCGGCCAAUGGGCGUCCGGCGCCCGCGCGUGAUCGGCGGCUGCCCCGCGGCGUGGCCAGGGUGUCAGCGCGGCGUUGCGUCAGGGUCCAGUAUUCUCUUUGUUACACUCUAUCCUUCUUCCCCUUGUCAGCAGUUCCCAAUUGA